CAAGUCGAGCUAGGGGCACUUUCGACCCCGCUCCCAAAACCAAAUAUAUUAAACUUCUGUGAAAGUACUGGAAGUACGACUGGAAAUAUGAGGGCUUUCAGCGUUGUGUUAUUAUGCAUUGGGUCGCUCUCCCUUGCAUCUUCAGCGCCUGUCAACCAAAAGAAUUCACCACAAAGAGUCGAAUACGAUUACGAAUAUGACAACUCAAAGUCUAAUCAGGCGAGAGACCCAGCGGAGGCCGCAAGUCACUAUGAUGCUUACAUCCAGGACGUCCAGGCCGCUGCAACUGGUGGUGGUAACAACGCAAAGAAAGGUUUCAGUCAGGGCAGCGGUUUAAGGACGAUAGCUGUCGGUUCGGCUAAUCAAGCGAAGACAGCGCUUGGCAAUCAACAAGCUGCUGCAUAUCAAGCGGCGUACGUGGCUAAGAAUACGUUAGCGCAAUCCGCGGCUCAGUCUAGUGCGACAGCACAGGCAGCGCUGGCAGGAAAGCAAGUAAUCCUCUCUGGAUUGGAGCAGCAAGUGCGUGAUGCAAAGGUGUCGCUGCAGGGCGAGGAAAUGCAGCUGCAACAGGCUAAGAGAGCGGCCCAGUCGGCGGCACAAGCUGCACAACAAGCUAUGCAUCAGGUGAACGUGAUCCAAGCUGCUCUAAACGCCGCGCAAGCGACAUCCGAGAACGCGAAUGAGGCGGCUUCACAGGCGGCCGGUGAGUUGGGAGCUCAGACAGCCAUGGUGGGCGCGGCGCGACAGAGGUUGCAAACCCUGCAGGAACAACUCAAGGGCGUCAGGAUUGACUUCGAGGCCACGCAGUCGGCAGCGAGAAAGGCUCAGGCGGCGGCCCAGCAGGCGCAGGCUAAUGCAGCGGAGGCAGCAGCGAAGGCCGCAGCCGCCGGACUCGGCCAGCAUCGGGAUAACUCCCAUGAAGAGUCCGGUCCAAUCCAGAUUCCAGCCAACAAACCAUUGCACACAAACCAGAAACAAGGAAAUGCAAAACUCAUAACAUAUAACAACGCUCCAGUACAAAAACAGCUAGCUUUUAAUCUGUCAUACUAUCCUGAAAACCGGUUUCAACCGGAUAAUAGCCAUCCAGUCCAGUAUAAAUCGCUUUCCUCCACGAACCAGAAUGAACCUUUAAAUAUUUCCACUGAAACAAAAACCAUUCCAUUGCUUGAUUCGGAAUCUUAUGAAAAAUUUCCAACUUUUUCCGAUAGUGGUUACGGUUUAAAUUCCGAUCAUGAAAAUUUCGGUGCACAAUGGUAGAUCAGCGACUGAAUCGGUGGAGUAAAAGAAAAAGCACAAGAAGAGCUAGUGGACGGAGAAGUGGACGAAGAAGAGGAGGAGGAAGCAGAG